AUGGUUGUCGUGGCUUCUCCGCAACCACAGAAUCAGAACACUCGUAAUACUGCAUCAUCGUCCUCUCAAUCUGUUCGCGACAUGGGCCGUGAAAGCCGCCAUGUCUAUGUUUCAGGACUCCCUGACUCUGUUUCCGACGAGCGUAUAAACACCUUCUUUUCAACUUAUGGACGCGUACACCAGAUAGAGCGAUCAUCGGAUGGGAUCAUUGUGAGCUUUAUGGAUGUAAGGUCCGCUCAAAAGGCGCACGCAGGAGAUCAUCGACUGGAUUCUGGACAACCUUUCAAAAUUGUUUUCCACGAACCUGGGACCGCCAAGAACGGUCUUAUGACAACUUCUUUGUCAAUUGCUCCCAACGGAACAGCUUCACCGAAGCCUGCUUCCGAGAAUUCCCGAAGACGUACACCAUCCCCCAAAGGAAAAGAUAACAGCAGAGCUAAUUUGGCUCGACUGAUUUCGAAUGCAGGAAAGCGCCUAGUUCGAUCGGAAGGACAUCGACGAGAACAAGGACGAUCACCAGACUCCGCAAAUCUUUGUGGUGGAUCCGCAGGGCCUUUAGCGAAUUCUGGAUCGAUUUGUGCGUCAGCAGUUUCGUCUGGAGGCUUGCAGGGCGUAUAUGUAGAGCGCCUUCCUCCUCGUAGUGACGGAACUGUGAAAGAAGCAAUACGAGAUGCGCUUAAAAAGCACGGACGUAUUGUCGACAUAUCGAUUGAUGGAGAUGGUGAUGCUCGAAAAGCCCUGGUCAUUUUUCAAAGAGUCGUUGACAUGGAAAAACUCGUGAACGAUUCCCAUAUCUCCAUAUUAUCUAUGCGUGUGCGUAUUCGGGCGGCCAACCAUGUCGUUGUUCAGGAAGCCUAUAAUGAUUAUCUAUCACUAAACAGCCCAGCGGGUAGUUUAGCUGUUGUGGGUGCAGAUGUAGACCUUCCUGCAAAAUAUGCAUCUCCGAAUGGUUGUAGGAAUGACGUUGAUGCGUUCCAUCCGAAAGCGUCUCGUACACUAUAUGUGGGAGGACUUGAAAGUCGUAUUUCCGAUGACACCCUACGUCGACGAUUUGGAAGGUUUGGGACGAUUCUGGAUGUUGAUGUGAAAAACUAUGAAUCACCUUCACCCUUCGCAUUCAUUCAAUUCGCCGAUAUAGAGUCUGCUGUACGUGCAAUAAAUGCGCAUUCCACUGCUGGUCUACCAGCAAAUAAAAAGGGGAAGAAAUUCCAGCCCAAUUUUGGUAGAUCGAUGACUACAAACAAGUUAUGGAUUGGCUCUAUACCUCCACAGUGCGCUGAAGAUUACGUGAUACAAAAGCUGCGCUCCUUAUCUGAAGGGGUUGUGGACGUCGUAGUGGAUAUGCGAGCUCGGCAGGCGAUAGUGGUGUUCUCAUCGACAGAUGGUGCUCAAGCUGCUUUGAAUCGCAUUAAAGCUGGUGUCCCUAAGCAAUUUGUAUUCAAAGUGGAAAGCGGUGAGGCACGUGUUCCGGCCGACUUCUGCUCUGAUCGCCUACACGAUCACUUUAUUGACCGAAAACACGGUAGCAUUCCCGUAAAGAUAUCAACAUCCGUGACUGGAAUUACUGCAGGAAGUGUUGGCCCAUUCAUUCUUGGCACGGCUUCGUUAACAGUAGACGAUUCAUUGACUGCAUUGUUGGCACCACCACCUGAUCCACCCAGUGACAUGUCCAGCUGUCGCUACGAACAUCAUCGCGACCAACGUCGUUCGCCUGCACAUACUCGUCGCCGUGAACGUUCUCGAGAACGAUCGCAGGACCGAUCACGGCAUCGAAAGUCGAAAUACGACUAUGAGAAGGGAUUCUUACGAAGAAAGGAAAGAAAAGAGCGAAAGCCGAGCGCUUCGUCUGAGUCAUCGAUAUCAUCUAGCGAGGAUUCAUCUCUUACUAGGCGCCGUUCUGGAUCGAACGAUAGUCGAGCGUCGAGUUCGUUAUCUUAUAGUCAGCGUAAUAAAGAUCGGCGACGAGACGAUAGACGAGACGUUCGAAGUGAUCGGAACGUCAAUGGGAAACAACGAAACUCUUCCUCGUCUCGGCGUAGUCCUUUGGAUGCAUCGAGAUGGAAAGAGCGGAAAAUAUCACGACACUCUCCUUCAGUGUCCGAAGAGCGCACACCUCAAACGAUGACCUCGUCAGUCGUAGUCGCUGCAAGUGAUACGGCUGCACCUACACCGGACGACCGCAAAAGUGGUGACAGCGGGUUCUACGAGGACGUAUCGCGGCCGCCAUUGGAUCCACCUCCGGCACCACCACCGAUGGAAACUCUGCCGCAUCUACCUUCACCUCCACCAGCUGACCCACCAGUCAGGCGAAAACCCUCUCCUAGGCCAAAUUCUCAUUCACAUUCUAUGGGACAUUUUAUUUCGCCUCCCUCAACUUCACGCCAUGAUAGCCAGUCCACUCGACAUCAGCUCCAUCACCACGGCCAAGAAAUCCAGUCAAUUACUGUUCAACAUCGUCACCAGUCACUUUCAUGUGGACCAGGGCCGUCAAAUGCUACGUCAUCGAACUACAUUGCUUCAGUUUACUCCCAAAAAAGACCUUCAGUUGAUGGUCAGUCGGGCAAUCAUGCGCGCUUACAUCCGCCCUCUCAACAGCCCCACAGAACGCGAGCUGGAAAAUGGCCAUGGAGCGAGUUACUCCGGAGUCCUUGCAUGUUUUCGGACUCUAUGGGAGUGGCGUUAUCAGAUCCUCGACCACCGCGCUAUGAGUCAUCCAGAGUGUUUUCAUCGCACUUGCCUCUACCUCCUUUCGCAGAUCGACAACCACGCCCUGUUGCUGGUGAGUGGCGGAAGAGAUCAUCCGGGAGUGCUGCAAGCGCUGAUGGAGUUCAUGCUACACCGCAACGUCGAGAGAGUGGAGGUUCAGGAAUCACAUCCAUAACUCAUCUUCCUACUGUUUCGAUAUCAGAAGAGCGGCCUGGUCAUUCUCGUGGUCAUCAUUCUUACGGGCACUCAAACGUGCCGACGCAUGCUACUGUCUCAAGAAGCUCUAGUAGUAGUGGUGGAAGCGGCGUGUUGGACAGUGACGCACAGUUAUCACCGGAUGCAGCUCCCCUUCCCCCUCCACCUCCUUCAGCUUUGGAUCUGCUUUGUGAGCCUGAUGACGUACCAAUUCUAGCUGACGGCUGGAGCGGACGUUUGGCUGAAAUUGGAUCACGUCUUACGGAUGUAAAUGCUUCGCUUGAAGAGGCUCAUCGAGGUGUUGCCGAACUAGAUGAUCGCCGUCACCGUUGCGCUUCGGUAUCCCUGGUAACAGAAGUAACUCCUACGUCAUCCAGACAAAGACCAGCCGGUAUGCUGGGAUCAACACCUCGAACUGACUCUUUCGAAGAGAGACUACGAAGCAUUAAUCAAAAGAAGAAGUCAUCAUUUGACGAUUUCACUCUCAACAUCACACAAGAACGAAUACAGGCUGCUAAAGCUUCUGCGCCAGAUCAGCUAGGAGUUACGCCGUUCUCAGGACUUUCCACUGCUAGCGGUUUAUCUUCAAGUGGUUUUAGUAAGAAUACAACUGCUCCACGUCUUACCCUAUCAAUUGCUAUUCCUCAACCAGGAAGUACCUCGCAAAGCACAGCCACUACUCCUGCUUCAUCAAGAUUGGAUUCACCAUCGUCGUCUCGCAAGAAUGGAGCUCCACCUAGCAGUACACCAACAUCAAGACAACCACCAUCCGCUCCCUCUACCUCUGGGUCGACACCUGUCCAUUUAGCAGCUCCACCAACAGCACCAGUUAUAGCGUACCCUCCUAAUUUUUCUGUGCCUCCUCCCAACUUUUCUGUAACUCCAUCGAAUUGCAUCUUCGCACCAUCUUCUAACGCAGACUCUCAGACUUCUCCAAUUCUUUCUGCUCCGCCUCCACCACCUCAGUUACUACCAGCUACGCAGGAGUCAGUAAAUCACCGGGAUGUCCCAAUGUUGAAGAGCCCGACGUAUACUUCUACCCAUUGCCCUCCGUCUAAGUCGCACGUUACAUCAAGUAGUAGCGCUAGAAUGACGCACAUAGUACAUCCCACACAGGGUACACCGCUCCAUACGUCCCAUCACGGACUAGCAAGCUCUUCUUCUACACCCGUACAGACGCAUUCACACCAGGGAACAUGCCAGUCUCAGGGAUUACAUAAAGUUCUAUCAGGUCCCAUCAAGGCACCCGUAGCUGUCCAACGCCAAAGCAAUGAAAAGCAUCUUCCACCUCGUCAUGAUUCUAUGUCUGCAUUGAAGUCCCCAGUAUUUGGAGCAUCUUUACUGACUGGGAGAUCCUUAUCUGUCUCAGACUCGCGGAAAACGGCAACAACACCAAUUGCUCACAAGGACCCUUCUACCGAACUUCUUGCGGGGCUGUUUCACAAUAAACCUCCAACAACAGACUUUCGCAAGCUUCCUAAGAUUGAGAAAAAGCCCUCAGCAGUAUCUUCGCAGAACGAAAAGGAUCAUAACCAAGAACUCUCCAAAAAGCAUUCCAUGUCGGUUGAUCAUCACAAAAAGGAGAAGGAUCAUAAACCGAGGAGAAAAGAAGAUGGAUCUUUCGAAACGAAGGAGGAACGAGCGAAGAGGAAGGAAGCGGAGAGAACAAAGAAAGAACGAGAGAAAACAAAGGAUCAGAAACGUGAAAAAAAGGUUAAGGAAGAACGGAAGAAGUUUAAAGAAGAGGAAAAAGAAAAAGAGAGAAAGAAAGCAAAGAAGGCAGAAAGGGAAAGACAAAGGGAAAAGAAGCAAAGGAAACAGAAGAAGAGGUCAAGGUACAGCUGUUCAGAUGAAGACAGUUCCAGUGACGAUAGCGAUUAUCAGAAAGCCUUCACUAAGCAGCUUGCCCAUCUCGUGGCUGAAGAUAGCGGUUCAAGUUGCACUGGAGCCAGUGGGGGUUUGUCCAUGUACGAUCGUGUCAAGAGACGAAGUUCUGCUGCCAAUAAAGAUGAUGGCACGAAGAAGACAGCCGCUCUUCAGCGACUGAGAGAUAAAAACAAUGAAAGGAAGAUACAGAAGCGUAUUCGUGUACAGCUGGAAUCAUCCGAUGAUGAGGAAGAGGGUCAUAGUUGUACUAGGAAAGCGAUAGAUUCGGAAGCAGGCGACUCAUCAGAGGAAGAAGAGGGAGUUAGGAUGGAAAAAGGCGAAAACGUAGAUACCAGCGAUGAAGAGGGAAAAAAAAAACAUGCCUGGUCCACGGAUGAGUCGGACGAAACGGAUGCUGGAAAUCGUAAACAACGUCGGAAAUCAGGCAAGAAAGUGUCGGAUAAACACCAGAAGCAUAGCAAAAAUAUUAAUAUGGAUGAUGUGUUUGGUGCUGACAGUACAGACAGCGAGAAACACUCGACAGUGGAAGAAAGGGAAAAGAAAAGAAAAAAAGUGGAUAAGGAGUCUUCUGAUGAAAAUGACUUACCAAAGAAGAAGCUUGGGAAAUCGGAUAGGCUGGAUUUCGAGUCUAUUUUUGGUCCUGAUAAGCCACAGAAGAGCCACAAAGGGGAGAAGGAGCGCAGAGAGAAGCAACAGCUUGCUGAAAUGGAGGUGAAGAAGAAGGAGAAAGAAAAAAAGGACAUCACGAAGAGAAGAGGCGACGAAUAUGAAAUGAAGCCAGCUAAGCGUCCAAAGAAAAGCGUUCGGUCUGAUGAAUCAACCGAUUCUGAGGAAAAUUCUCAAAGCGCUCCACGAACGGUUGAAGGAACCGAAGUUUGCCAGCAAUUGGUAAAACAAGAAAAUGAAGUUUGUCUACCUCUAAUGAAGCUGGAGAACGACGAACAGCCGCCUAUCAUGGAACACGAUGUGACUGAAAGAAAACCAAGCGAGAGCGGGGCGGUUGAGGUGAAAUCGCCAAGUGAUAUCAAACCAGCUUUAGAUCAAGAAGAAACUGUGAAUUUUGUUCCUGAAAUUACUGCUGUUGACGCCAAUCAGGAGCUUUUGUCGGUGACACACGUUGCUGCGGCCCAAGCUCCUUUGCCAACGUCUGUAGAUCAGAGUCGUCCGAAACUUGUGACUAAGGCUGCUAUGAAGAUUUUCAUCCCAUGUCAAUCUGCAGUUGCAUCGUCGACUCUUUCUGUAACUCAGCCGUCUACGGAGGUGGAUUCGGACGAGGAAUCGACGGACUAUGAUGACGUAUUCGCUGCUGCUCUGUCAGCUCCAGACGGCAGUCAACAGAAUGUAACGAGUUCGGAUUGCAUAGCGGUUUGUCGAACGAGCACCUCCAGCUCGACAGCUACGGAACAUGAAGAUGUCAGUGAGUCGGAUUCUGAUUCUCACCGCUCGCGCCAUCGGACAGUGGAACUCGUUGACGCAGCAGCUGGAUAUGCGAGCGUGCUGAACAUUGACGAUCCCAUCUUAUCAUCUGACGAAGCUGCAAUUUCUAAGGAAUGUGAUAGUGCUGCAUCUCCUAUCCAUGGAACACAACCAGCACCGCAUGAUGUUUGCAAAGAGAGUUGUAUACUCGAAAGAGAUGAACGUAAUCAAGAACAGCAACAACAACUUUCGAAUCAGGAUACUUUUGUUGUGUCACUCACAGUAGCUGACUCAAAAGCAGCUGAACACGGUCGGUCCUUUGUCAACGAAGAAGUCCAAAAAGCUGCUCAUGGCAUUUCAGACGUGCAGGAAACUGAAGAUGCUGUGAAGUCAAUUUUCGAUGGUGACGAUGAAGAAGAAGAGCCGCAGUACCCAACUUUAGUUUUUGUUCCUGGGAAAAACGGCGCAGUAGUAGCGUCCGCAGCAUUAUCAACUGCUAGUGAAGUGGCAAUAGCUUCAUCAAAUGUCGCAACGCCAAACGAUGAGGCAAAUCGCAUUGCUCUCGCAGUUGCACGUUUUGAUGAAGACGUGAAUGAUGCAAAUGUCGCAUCUGGUGAUGUUUCAGAUGAACAACUUCUUCGUGAGUCGUUUGUCGAAGAGCCUAUCCUUGAAGAGAAGCCUGCCGCAGAUAAAUCAGUGGAAAGACAAGUGUCACAAGAGCAGGUCACCCCUAUGGAGCAAUCUGCACCUAGCGCACUAACAGUCGAAGCUGACGAUGACGUUGUCGAGGUACCAUGCACGGAAUUGUCUUCAAAAGAGACAGAAUGUUCACGCAAUGCUUCGUACCAGCAGCCAAUUACAUCCGAUGUGACUGCACCUAUCAGUGUGGCCAUUCCAGAUCAGAAGGUGCAUACACCCAUUCACUCACCUAAGGUAACGACCACUACGGAGCAAGCGACGUUUGUGCAGCCGCCUAUGAAGCAGCAACUUAAAGCUUCUCCUGUGUCUACUGCUGGAUACGUUUCUGCGUUACCAAGCGCUUCGCCAGCUACAGGUGGCAUCACACAGGGAACUCCAGUGAUGACACAGGCGGGCUUGCAACAAUUGUAUAGCCGUUUCCAACAGCCUGCCUUCACUCACACGAACGUUCUUCAGCAGCAGCAGCAAAUAUAUCAUCAAGUGCAAGCACAGCGUCCACUAUCGCAGCAACAGCAACAAAUAUUACAGCAGCAACUAGCACAACAACACAUUGCUCUGCAGCAACAACAACAACAGCAACUUCUCGCACAACAACAACUUGAACUUCAGCAGCGAGAACGAGAAGUGGUGCUGCAGAAGGAGCGAGAGUUGCAUCAGCAAAGGGAGCGUGAACUUCAGCAACAGCACUUAGUGCAGAAGCAGCUUUUACAGCAGCAACAUCAACAAAAAGAAGCGGCUGUUGUAGCAGCAGCUGUGUCUGUUCCACGUGCUGCAAAACCACAAACGCCUGCAGCUACACCUUCGCCAGCACCACAGUCCGCAACUCCUGUUAAUCAGCAACAAGUUGCACUUGCUGCUCAAGCAACGCUUCAGAUGCAGAUACAGCAAAUGCAGAUGUUACAGAUGGCGUCACGCGAUCCUGUCGGAUAUUAUCAGCAGAUGUCACAGACCUUCGGUCAGCCGAUGGCAACUGCUCUCUUGGCUCAGAUUCAAGCCAUGCAACAGCUGCCAACAUCCCAGGCUCAACAAUAUUUAGUGGAACUGCAGAGGCAGCAGCAAAUAAAGGCCCAACAAGAGUCGGCGACAACCGUAUCUCCUUCACCUCAACCUGCGCAUCUUCACCAGCAACAACAAGAGCGCGAGCGAAUUCUGAAGGAAUCUCAGUUGCGCGUGAUGCGCGAACGUGAAGCUGUACAGGCUCAACAGCAAGCCCAUGCACAGUCUACGCAGCAGCAACAGACUGCUGUGCUCUAUGCUGCGCAGUAUCGGCUUUCUCAACAGCAACUUUUGCAGCAACAACAUCAAUUAUCAUCCCAGGCGUCUCCGUCGGCGUCCACUGCUUCUGCUGCUGUGGCUUCUCAAUCAAGUGGCACACUUCAACUAGAGCACAAAAGCGUGGCACUACUUUCGCAACCCCGUAGCUCAGAAAGUGCCGCAUUGCAUUCUGCAAUUUCAACGGCGUCCACUACGGAUCCAUCUCCUUCUAAUGCGACUUCCACGUCAGGCCACCACGCAGAUGUCGCCAAGCUGUUCUCGGUGUUUUUGGGCGGGGCAGGACACCGAGGUCUCUCGCUCUCUCACGCUCUCUGUCGCACUAUCGGUGAAUUAUUUGCCCGCUGGAAGGAACGCUGUGCUGUAGUGUGUGAGUGCUCGCCACUUCGAGAGACAGAGAUUGGUGUAAAGCGAAGUCGAAAAGCGGCAGAACCUCAGCAUCUCUCUGCGUUUUGUCUCUCUUCUCCUGAAGAACCAAUGAACCCAACAUCGGCUGCGAACCCCUUAUCUGACGCUGACGUUCAGUCGGUUGGAGAUCAGACAAUGAACAUACUUAAUUUGGCAGGUGCCAUCGCAAUGAACAGCCUAUUGACAAUCAAUCAACAGUCUGCUGUUGGCGAGCUCUCUACGGCUGCUCAGCUGACUGCUCAAAACCCUCUUCUCGCAAAUGCAGCUAAGAUGAUGAUAAGCAUGAAUUUGAUGAAUGUUGCUGCCAGUGGCAGUAGUGACCGACCAUUUGUCCCAAAUGCUACAGCCGAUUUUCUUUCGCUGAUCAGAUCACAGCCAGAUACUGCUGCGCAGUCUGUUGCUAAUCUGCAGCAGGCAAUGCUACUUCAUCAGUACGCCGCUUUGGUGCGAGGUCAGUUUCCCGCAGUCAAUCCACAGCUGGCAGCAUUGCAAAUGUCGCUGAAACAGCGAAUAGCUGAAAAUGGUAUUGCUCACAGCAGUGAUCGUAAGCGCUCUUUCCCAUCGGUUGAGAUGUCCAGUCACGUGGAGGAGAUGAGAAAACGUGUACUGUCUGAUACUAGUGCGUUCACCACCCAACAAAAGUCGGAACGGACUUUCUUCCCACAUGUCCCUGUCUCGAAAGAUGACAUGGAACGGUGUUUGGAUAGGAUUCUCAACGAAGAAAUCUACAAUAUUUAUGAGGACGAAAUAAAACCUGAACAAAAUAACAAAUCGUUGUCGCUGAAUGACAAUAGCAAAGAGACCGGCUGCAACAACAGUGGAGCUUGUUCUCCUAUUGAACGAAAGCUUUCCAUAGAUGAAAUUCUGGACAUUAUCGCAAAUCGUUCGGCGGAAAAGGAUGAAGGUGGAAUCGCUUCAGCUGGAUCCGCUUUUCGAAAAGUCAGUAGCCGGUCGCAUCUUUUGUCUGACUAUUCUCCCCGCGAAGUUAUUACUGAUACUCUCUCCUCUUGGGCAACAUCCUUGUCACCUGCCGGCAGUUCACCACGAUGCCACGAGCCGGAGGUCGCUCCUCUUUCCCAAGAACUAAUAAAUCAGUUGCGCGACUUGGCAUUGUCACACCGUGGUUGCGAUCACGAGAACUUGAACGGCGAUGCAGUGCUAACAACCGACGAGCAACUGAAGCGGUUUCCUGUUGUAUGGCAGGGCACACUGGCAAUGAAGCAGUCAGAGACAACUGUGCAAAUGCACCUUGUUUACGGAUCUGUGGAAAUGCUGACACGAUGUUUGGGGGAUGCUAACGCUGAUCCUAAAAACGCCGUCCCAAUUCGAGUUAACCAGCGAAUGCGUCUUGAACAUGCGCAAGUUCAAGUUGCAGGAAUGGUGGCGAAGAUGUCAGAUGCAGGCCGUUUUGCAUGUAUGAUUUGUUUGCCGUGUGGGCUGUCUCGUGACGAGAUCAUUACCAACUCGGAUAUCUUCCGAACUGCUUUCAUCGACUAUUUCACCAACAAGCAAGCGGCAGGUAUUGCUGUAAUGUCGCAAACGGCAACAACGGCAGGAUGUUUAGUACACGUGUUCCCACCGGGCGAGUUUCCGUCCAGUUAUCUCCAGUAUUAUUCUCCGCAACUUUACGAAUCGAUUACAGCUCGUCAAGCAUCAUUUUUAUUUGUUGUUCUUACACCUGAUGAAUCCUCACGACCGCUUACAUCAUCAUAG